CCGACAGCUGCAGCGUUGUGGAGUCUCUCAGAGGAAAUGUUUCCUCUCCAAACAGCGACAAUGACUUCAGUUCAGACUUUGAGAGAGUUUAUUAACGAGCGACUGACUGCUGAUGCUGGAGAAAUCUUCACCGUGUUUGAACAAACUAUCGUCCAGUACAAAGAGGAGCUUGACCGACAGAACAGGCUGCUGGAAAUCAUCUUUAAACCUCCGAAGAAGUUCCACAGAACAGAGAGUCCACAGCAACACGUCGGUAAGCACAAGACGAGCUCCAUUCAGGAGCAGGAGGAACAUGAAGCUCCACACAUUAAACAGGAGGAGGAUAUCAUUGAGGUGACUGUUACUGAGGGUGAAAAUGACGAUUCCCUGGACUCUGUGAGAGACUUGACCACCCAGAGACUAACUGCUGCUGCUGUGGAAAUCUUCGCCGUGUUUGAGCAAACUAUUGUCCAGUACAAGAAGGAUAUUGCCCGUCAGAACAGACUGCUGGAAAUCACCCUGAAACCUCAAAUCAAGUUACACAGAACAGAACUUCAACAGGAUCAUGACUGGAGAAAAGAUCAGGUCUUUAAACAGGAAUCAAGCUACGAUCUAGAGCAAGGAGAACCAGAACCUCCACAGAUCAAAGAGGAGCAAGAAGAAUCACAAUGUCUACAGUUUAAAGAGGAGUAUGAGGAGCCAGCACCUCCACAAAUCAAAGAGGAGCAAGAAGAACCAGGACUUCUACAGUGUGAAGAAGACCACGUGAAACCAGAACCUCCACAUAUCAGAGAGGAACAACAAGAACCAAGUCAAAGUUACAACCAACAGGAUAAGUUGUUGGUCCAUAUGGGAACUCACACAAGUGACAAGCCAUAUUCUUGUCAAACAUGUGGUAAACAUUUCAUUCUCCAGAGUACUUUGCUGAUCCACAUGAAAAUUCACUCAGCUGAGAAACUGUAUUCUUGUCAAACAUGUGGGAAAAGUUUCACCAUGCGGAGUCAUUUUUUGGACCAUUUGAAGACUCACACAGGUGAAAAGCCGUAUUCUUGUAUAACAUGUGGGAAGAGUUUCAGUCAACACAGUCAUCUGUUGCGCCAUGUGAGAACUCACUCAGGUGAGAAGCCGUACCCUUGUGAAACAUGUGGCAAACGUUUCUGUCGACCGAGUAAUUUGUUGGCCCACAUGAGAACUCACACUGGCGAGAAGCCGUAUUCUUGUGAAAUAUGUGGGGAACAUUUCAGUCGAAAGAGUAAUUUGUUGGUCCAUGUGAGAACUCACACAGGUGAGAAGCCGUAUUCUUGUGAAGCAUGUGGCAAAAGUUUCAGUCAACGAAGUGUUUUUUUCUACCACUUGAGAACUCACACAGGUGAGAAGCCAUAUUCUUGUGAAACGUGUGGGAAACGUUUCUGUCGCAAGAGUUAUUUGAUGCGCCAUGUUAAAAUUCACACAGCUGAAAAGCUGUUUUCUUUCGGAACGUGGGAUUAGAUUUUCUUGUGGUAGCUCAUUGUUGCACCACGUCAAUUCUUACAAAGAGACAAAAUCGUGACUCAAAGGGAAGCAUCAUCCGUCCAUUUUCAGGAGCCCCCAGGCACUUCGGAAAACCCUGCAGCCUGCUACACUGGUGAAAUGCAUUGUUUUUUUGUGUCUUGCAGUCUGUUUUCAAUGUUUGAAUAAUAUGAUUAUAUGAUAAUUGAUUUGAAACUACUGUUAAUUCUUUUUUAAUGUACUAAACAGCCUUCCUCUAUCUGAGAUGUUAACUAUCCAUCAGCAUGGCAGGGCUCUGUGUUCUCCACAUCAACUUGUCUUACAAUUCCUAGGUCAAGAGACAGUGGGGUGAUCGUUUCUUUGCUGUCGCUGCCUUCAGGCUGAGAAACAAUACCCCCACCCCCACCCCCCACCCCAAUUUGUGCCACCACUGAUCUUGGCCUUUUUGAAAUGAAGUUGAAGACCCACCUUUUGUAUGUUUUAUGUACUGUCUUGUUUCAUGGUUUUGUUAUAAAGCACUUUGGGUUUCUUUGGGUUUUCGUAAAGACUCUGUUAAUAAAAUUUGAUUUAUUUAUUGAUUGAGAUAAAGGGGCAGAGGAGACGAUUGACACAGAAAAUUUUGAUUUUGUUCUGUAUGGUUUGAUCUGUUUUUU